CCUUGCCGCGAUCGCACACUGCGAUAACUUGCAUUGCGUCUCGCGCAACGCAACUCUUUACUUUAUCGGUUAUGAGACUUGCUUAAAAAGUUUUAAAGUUGUAAUGUGCUGUUCAGAGAACGUAGUAUUGCAAAACAUGUGGUGUCGGUGAUCACGCGAUGUGGCGACAGUCGCGUGCCUCGACCGCGCGAUGAGCGUGAGUCGCCAACCCCUCGCGCGCUCAGCUCGCCUGCACGCGCGUCAGAUACUUCUGCUUAUGUUUGUUCUCCCGCUCCUUUUUUCUUUAGUAAAAGCACAACCAGAGCGCACUGUAGCGGUUGAUCGUUUAGAAAACGUCACUCACACUGUUACUCGGAUUCUUGACGGCUACGACAUACGUCUACGCCCAAACUUUGGCGGCGACCCGCUUUACGUCGGCAUGGAUUUAACCAUUGCUAGUUUCGACGCAAUAUCCGAAGUUAAUAUGGAUUACACAAUAACCCUUUAUUUAAAUCAAUAUUGGAAGGAUGAAAGGCUGGCUUUCGGUUUACAAGACGAGGUCCUAACAUUAUCUGGCGACUUUGCUGAUAAAAUUUGGGUGCCGGACACGUUCUUUGCAAAUGACAAGAAUAGUUUUCUCCACGAUGUCACUGAACGAAACAAGCUGGUGCGUCUCGGCGGUGAUGGGAGCGUGACCUACGGCAUGCGUUUCACGGCCACGCUCGCCUGCAUGAUGGACUUGCACUACUACCCCCUUGACAGCCAGAACUGCACCGUCGAGAUUGAAAGCUAUGGCUACACAGUGUCGGACGUGGUUAUGUACUGGAAGGAAACUCCGGUACGUGGAGUUGAAGAUGCAGAACUCCCUCAGUUUACUAUUCUCGGACAUGAAACUAACGACAGAAAGGAGAAGUUAGCUACUGGCAUCUAUCAACGGUUAUCUCUCAGUUUCAAGCUACGCAGGAACAUUGGAUAUUUUGUGUUUCAAACCUACUUGCCGAGUAUUCUGAUUGUAAUGCUAUCCUGGGUUUCCUUUUGGAUCAAUCACGAGGCUACUUCGGCUAGAGUUGCUUUAGGAAUUACCACGGUUCUUACGAUGACUACCAUAAGCACAGGCGUUAGGAGCAGUUUGCCUCGCAUAUCCUACGUGAAAGCGAUUGACAUUUACCUUGUCAUGUGCUUCGUGUUUGUGUUUGCCGCGCUCCUGGAAUAUGCCGCAGUAAACUACACCUACUGGGGCGCGCGGGCAAAAAAGAGAGCCAAGUUAAAGAAUCGUGAUCAAAUUUCCACUAGCACUAGUAUGGAUAAGGAAUUAAAAUCCGGUGAAGGUUCCCACUCUCCUGAAGAAAUCAUAGCUCUUAGAGAGUACACGACUACCACUGGACGAGUCUCCCCGCUGCCAAGCCUGCGGUCACGACCAUUACCACCAACUACCGGCGCACCACCAUCGCUCCGGCUCCAGAGAGAUUACACGAACCUACGCUACAGGACACGACCUCAUUCGAAGAAUUCGAGAAAUAGCACCAACAAACCUAAGAUGAUACACGCUCUGAAACGUGGCGCUACCGUCAUAAAAGCUUCGAUGCCCAAAAUACGUGACGUUAACGUCAUUGACACGUAUUCACGCGUCAUUUUCCCAAUAUGCUUUCUUAUAUUUAACGGUGUCUAUUGGGUUUUCUAUAUAUUUGAUUAGAGACAAAGUAAAAAUAAUUUUAAGAUUGCGUUCAAAUUAGUACACGAUGCAAGUAAAAUCAGAAGUUUUAUUUUACUUAAACGUACAUACGUCGCUGAAGCGUCCAAUUCGAAUUCGACCUUGAAAUUGUAUUCUCAGCGUACCCAAAGAAGUUUCGCUUCGAAAAAAUAUUCAACUACCAUUUAAAACUGUCUAUACAUUAUACUUAAGUUUCGAAUACAUUCGUAUAUGUCUAAGUUAGAACGUUUUUCCUUGAUGUAGACGUACCUUGUACUGUGUUAAUUCUUGUUGCUUAAACACUGAAACCGAUGUUGAUUCGGUUGAACACAAUUCCUGAAAUAAACUGUCAAUCUGACAAUAUUUAAAUUAUCGCUAUCUCGUUCUUAUAUGUGGAGGUAAAACGUAAGUGAGGCUGUAAAAUUAGUGUAGGCUACACAAUUUUUUUAUCAGCAAGUAUGAUAUUAAUGAAUGUAACUAAGUGUGGGUUAACUUUAUAAUGCCAAACUAUGUACCGUUUAUGAUGAAUAUUUAAUUAAAUUUAUUUUGCUUGUUAUAAAGUUAUUUGUUUAUUUAAUAAAUGUAUAAUAUACGAAA